AUGUUCUUCUUCUUCUACUUAGCCACAUUUGAAAAAUGUGCCAAAGUUAUAUUAUAUAUUUUUCUUUUUGUACAGGACAAUAGUGGUACAAUUGAAAAUGAAGAACUAAAAGGUUUCCUUAAAGAUUUGUUGGAAUUAGUUAAAAAAGAUGAUUACGAUGCACAAGAUUUAAGCGCAUUCGAGGAGACCAUUUUGCGCGGUGUUGGCUAUGACAAGGAUGGCAAGAUUUCACGUAAAGAACUGACAAUGAUUUUAUUAACAUUGGCCAAAAUGCCACCAGAAGAUGAACAAUAAAUUUUUUAAAUAUUAAAAGUAAAUUAAAUAAAUUUAUCUUUGCAAUUUCAAUAAAAAUUAAAAUUAA